CGUGGGCAGCUGCCUUAUUCCUCAGCAUCCUGAGUGUGUCAGGGUUUGCUUUAAAACAACAACAACAACCUACUAGUCCUGCCUGCAGAGCUCCCCCUUGUCUUUUCUCUGCUCUUUCACUGCCUUCCUGGUAACUGCUCAGAUCAGACCAGAGUCUCCCUGCGCUGGCAGCCAUUAAGAGAGAAAAACCAGGCGGGGGAAUAGGAAUCGCUAAAUACUGAUUGAUUAAAAAAGAGCAGCUCCGGAGUCCUCGUUCUCCGCUGAGUUCCAGCCGAGAGAGUCCGUCCACACCCGGGGCAUCCAGCACCAGAGGGGAAUGGCCGAGGAGAUCGCCGCUCAGAGGCUGGUAACGUUUGAAGAUGUCAGUGUCUAUUUCUCCCCGGAGGAGUGGGCGAUUUUGGAAGAAUGGCAGAGAGAGCUUUACCGAGACGUCAUGAGGGAGAACUAUGAGCUUCUGAUCUCAAUGGCAGGUCAUUCUGUUACGAAACGUCACCUCCCGCCGCGGACCGAGCAAAGGGAGGAGCCGCCACGUCCCAGGGAAUGGAGCGACGCAGAGGAAAAGGGGACUCGGCAAAGCUGCUUCACAGAUGAUGAGAACUUUACUAUAAAAUCAGAACCACCUGACCCGGUACCAGAGAGAUCAGAAGAGAAUCUCUCCUUGUCUCCAGACUGGAGAAACGCCUACGAGAUCCAGUGCAAACCGCAAAGGCAACAGAUGUACCAUGCAGGAGCCAAGCAUGAGAAGAUAACUAUAAAAUUAGAGCCAAGGGAGUCCUCAUCAGAAAAGUCUGAAGAAGAUCUUUCCACAUCUUCAGACACCUACAGGAUCCAGUGCAAACCAGAAAGGCAGCAGAUGAGCCCCACUGGAGCAGAGAAUGAGAACCUUACUGUGAAAUUAGACUCACCUGAACGGUCCAAAGACACUGUUCUUGAGCCUUCAGAUUGGGACAGCGUCUUCAGGAUCCCUUGCAAAUCAGGAAGGCAGCCGGUGAGCCCCGCUGAAGCGACCCGUGAGACCUCCGCUAUAAAACUGGAGGUACCGGACCGAUCAUCAGAAACUCGCCAAGAGAAUGUGACCGUGAAUUCAGACUGGGGAAAUGUCUGCACGAUCCCAUGCAAAUCACAAAGGCAGCUGAGGAGCUCUCUAGAGACUGAGGCUGAACGAUCCAGCUUUGGCAGCAUGAAGAAUUUUGCACUUUUCCAAGAACACCUGAAGAGAGAAAUGCCUUACGUGUGCAUGGAAUACGAAGACAGCUUUGCGGAUCAGGUUGGCCUGGAACCACACCAGGGAAAGCUCCCACUGGAAGCUCCAUUUAACUGGACUGGUUGUGGCAGCGGCUUUGGGCCGAUGUCCCUUCUCAUGACUCAUGAGAAAACCCACAUGGGAGUGAGGCCGUAUAUCUGCACGGAAUGCAAGAAGGGCUUCAAUCACAAACAAGACCUGAUACGGCACUACCGUAUCCACACGGGAGAGAGACCCUAUCAGUGCACCGAAUGCGGGAGAAGCUUCGUCCAGAAAACGCACCUUAUAACACACUUCCGAAUCCACACAGGUGAGAGGCCGUUUCCAUGCACCGAGUGCGGGAAAAACUUCAGGAAGAAAACCCACCUGAUGCGGCACCAGAGGACUCACUUGAGAACCCGGCUGUUCCCCUGCUCUGUAUGCCAGAAGAACUUCAGCCACAAGCAAGAUCUCGCCAGGCACCAGCAGAUCCACACGGGGGAACGGCCGUUCACGUGCACCGAGUGUGGGAAAAACUUCAGUUGGAAGAAGAAUCUCAUCACCCACCAACGUAUCCACACGGGGGAGCGACCCUUCAGCUGCGCCCAGUGUGGGAAGAGCUUCAGCUGGAAGAAAUACCUCGUCACGCACCAGAAGACCCAUGAGGAGAAGAGACUGUACAACUGCCCUCACUGCGACAGGAGCUUCUGCCAGAAGUCCAUGCUCAGCAUGCACCAGAAGACUCACCUCGAGAGGCGAUCCUACACCUGCACCGUAUGCCAGAGGAGCUUCGGCCACAAGCAGGACCUCAUAAGGCACCACCGGAUCCACACCGGAGAGAGACCCUUCGCCUGCAGCGAAUGCGGGAAGAGCUUCAGCCAGAAGACUCACCUUGUUACCCACGUCAGGAUCCACACGGGCGAGAGGCCGUUCCUGUGCAGCGAAUGCGGGAAAGGGUUCAGCAAGAAAACCCACCUGAUGAGGCACCAGCAAAUCCACACAGGGGAGCGGCCCUUCAGCUGCGCCCAGUGCGACAAAGGCUUCAGCUGCAAGAAGAACCUCCUCACCCACCAGCUGAUCCACUCCGGGGACGUGACCCUCCACGCCUGCACCGAGUGCGGGAAGAGCUUCACCUGGAAGAAGAACCUCCUCACCCACCAGAAGAUCCACGCGGGGAAGAAGCCGUUCGUCUGCACCGAGUGCGGGAAGAGCUUCAGCCAGAAAACCCACCUGAACACCCACCAGCGCAUCCACACCGGAGAGCGGCCCUUCCCCUGCGCCCAGUGCGGCAAGGCCUUCAGCCAGAAGUCCAUCCUCAUCACCCACCAGAAGACCCACCUGGGCAGCCGGCCCUACGCCUGCACGGAGUGCGAGAAGAGAUUCAGCCACAAGCAGGACCUGAAGCGACACCUGAGGAUCCACACAGGAGAGAGGCCCUACGCGUGCACCGCGUGCGGCAAGAGCUUCAACCAGAGGACGCACCUCAUCACGCACUACAGGAUCCACACCGGGGAGAGGCCCUUCCCCUGCGACCUCUGCGGGAAGCGCUUCAGCAAGAAAACGCACCUCAUGAGGCACCAGAGAGUGCACGCCGCGGUAAAGCCGCACAUGCGCAGGCUCAACAUAGGGGCCAUCUCCAUGGGGAGCCAGAUUUCGCUCUCGGUUGGGAGUCCUAUUUCACUCGGGGGCCCCCUGAAGGAGGAGACCAUCUACAUUUACCAGCUGUGAAAGAGGAGCAACGCUAGACGCCUGCCCCACGGAGCUGAGCGAGGAAGGUGCAAAGAAGCAGCUUCUUGUAAAAUAACCACUCAGAAUCCAGACAGUUCUGGAUGUGAGAGAAGCUUCACUACUGCUCCACAGCAGGGCACGGGCCUGGACCCAGCAGGCAGGAGCAGGUCCAGUCUAACCAUCCAGCUCCUGGUCCCACCAGCAAACACGCACAGAGCAGAAUCCAUGUCUAUUUAUCAGGCUGACACCUGCAGAUAAACAUUAGAGCACCCCAGGGACCAGCCGAAGGUUCGUCUCCUCUCUAAGGUUAAUUAGUGGCCUCACACAAAGAACAUACUUUGGCUCAAAUUUGCAGCAAGUUGCCUUAGUUGCACAUGCAGAAGUUGAGUGCAUCUGUCUGUGCCCCCAAAAGUGCAUCAGCCUAUGGAAGAUGAGCAACUGCAUGCACAAAAGCAUGUUUGGAGUGCACAUAAACACCACGUGCUCCCAAUAUUUGCAAGCACAGUUAAAGAGUCCCCCGGGAAACACGUCCCUUUGUAUCCUGGAUGUAAGAACAUCCAUCACAACUGGACAUUUUAAAGGUCACAAGACAGUCCACAUAGACAUUCAUGGGAAUCUACGGAGAGGAAUAGAAGCUUCACUACUAGGUCCUGCUUCAGUCUACUCUGCAGAUCUGAACCAGGAGAGCAAAGACAGACCUGCAACGAAUGUGUGAAAAGCUGCUGUCGAUGUUUAUAUGUAAAUCUCAAAUGGGAUCAUCGCAGGAAUCAACAAACCACAAAGACUGCACUCAAUUGUACAGUAACCUCUGAACACGGGAAAAAUGGGGGGACAGUGUCCGGCGUGUAGAAUGGUUUCAAAAGAAGAGGAGUAAAGGAAUAACCAGGAUACCCUGUUAUCUCCUUUGUCUGCCGCUCCCCCUGCACCCCAUAUCCGCAGGGUGGCAGAGGACACUGAACAUGAGUUGGCAGGAACCCGUAGUGGGAAGGAGUUUUGAACAGAACCAUCAUUUCUCCUUGAACUGCUCCUGGAAACACUGGAGUGUAUUCCAGUGGCCAGGGGCUUUCCGUUCAGACAGGGGGAAUGUCUACGCAGCUCUUCGCUCGCACAUCCACAGGGGAGAGCCGCUCGAGGGGAUUCAGAACCGGGUGCACCGUGAGAAUCCGGGCACCGUCUGCUUCCCCACAGGGACCAAGGACUGUUACUGCCGGGGUUAGAUCUAGCUGCCAAACCGAGCGUGCUGAGAAUCAGACACGCUCACACAGUCUAGCCAUGACACACUAACAGGGCUUAAAUUCGUCCGGAGCCGAGCUCUGGGAAAUAUUUCCGAGCCACCCUGUGGGGUGCAGCCCCCGCCCGCCACGUGGGACUGAAGCCCUGAGCCUCUGUGCACCCCCCUCCCACACCCCUGGUGCAGAGCCCAUCACCCCGCCACAGGGCAGAAGCCCCGAGCUCGCCCCACCGGCCCAGUGGCUGGAGCUCUGAGCUCCCCUCCACCCUGCUGGGCCCUGGAGUUUUUACAGCAUGGGGGGGAAGGCGUGGGGGGCUCCGGGAAAUAAUCGAUGAGAAUUUAAGCUCUGCCCACUAAUACCACAGCCUCUGCUACAGGGGCUAGCAGAGACUUUGGUGCCUAACACACAACACGACGACUUGUUCAUCCACGGAAGCAGAGAAUCUCUGAAGUCACAUUCAGUGUCCUCCAUAAAGUACAGGUCCGUUGUCGUGACCGUGAUGGUACGACGGAUGUUACUGCACUUACCUCUCCCGGGCGGUCUAGGGGCCCGAGUCUGAGCUGUCCAGCGCCUCGGGGCUUGUAUCUCUCCCCACAUCGCUGUAGUAGCUGAAUCCCGCCAAGUAAAACCAACCCCGCUAUUGCCGCCAUGGGAGGGUUUUAGGAGCAGCUUGGACAAACACCUGUCAGGGGUGGUCUGGAUCAUACAGGGGGCUGGAUUAGGUGACCUCUCGAGGUCCCUCCCAGCCCUGUGAUUCGAUUGCUUUCUUCCGUCCCGGCUGGCAAGGAGCAGGGUUGGUGGGCACACGCCCACCCACACCGGAGUAAGUAAAGAACAUGGGUUUAACUUUGUGCAAUGUAAUAGACGUGGGGAAAGUUACUGGGAAGUGAAGUGCUCCUGUUCUUUCUGCGGCUGCAGACUAACACGGCUGCUACUCUGCAGCGCAUCAGUGAGCUCGGCAAAUACCUGCCUGGCUUUGUAAAGGCGGCGCCAGUGAAAAGGCAGGAAAUCCCCUGCUGUUCCUACCUGUUGUAACCGUCACCAAAGAAAGAACAGGAGUAUUGUGGCACCUUAGAGACUAACACAUUUAUUUCAGCAUGAGCUUUCGUGGGCUACAGCUCACUCCUUCGGAUGCAUAGACUGGAACACGCAGACAGGAGAUAUUUAUACAUACAGAGAACAUGAAAAGGUAACCGAAGAGCUUCACUCAGUGGUUCAUGUACCACACUGAACCUGCAGCGUCAGGGGCUGGACUUUGCUGCUCAGUGUAAAUGGAGCGAGUUUGAUCUGGAUCCCACUGAGGACGAAUCAGUGUUAAAUGCCCCACCCCCAGUGCUGUUUUGACAGAGCCCAACUAUCUGGCCACACUCCAGGGCUGCCCGGGGGCGGAGGGGGGGAAAUGGGGCAAUUUGCCCCGGGCCCCGCAGGGGCCCCCACGAGAAUACAGGAUUCUAUAGCAUUGCAACUUUUUUUUAUAGAAGGGGCCCCCAAAAUUGCUUUGCCCCAGGCCCCUGAAUCCUCUGGGCAGCCCUGCCUCACUCUCACUCUAGAUAAAGUCCCAUAGCAGCAGGCCUGCUGGGGGGGGCAAAGGGGGCGAUUGCCCAGGGUCUAGGGUGAUUUAAAAGGGCCUGGGAGCCCCCGGCCACCACUGCCAGCAGCACAGCGGGGUUCAGGAACGACCCUACGCCCCUGGGGGGGUCUCCGCAUGCUGCCCCCACCCCGAGCGCCGACUCUGCAACUCCCAUUGGCCAGAAAUUGUGACCAGUGGGAGCUGCAGGGGCAGUGCCUGUGGGCAGCAGCGUGCGGAGACCCCCCUGGGCCCCCUGCCUAGGAGCUGCUGCAAGAGGGAUGAACCCGGGAGCUGCCAAAGGUAAGCGCUGACCCCCUCCCACACCCCAGCCCCCUGUCCCAGCCUAGAGCCCACACCCUGCACCCAAACUCCCUCCCAGAGCCUGCACCCCAACAUUCUGCCCCAGCCUAGAG